AUGGAGACUUUCCUCCUUCUGAUGAAUAGCAUUAGUGACUUCUGGAUGAGCUCCAGCUCCAUGUCCACAGCAAUGGACAUAAUCUUCGCCAUUCUGUGUGGAGUGGGGCUCUUUUUCCUACUAAUCCCAUUCCUGAAGGAGUAUCCAGGGUCACCACCACCCGGGAGCGAAAAGAACAUCUCAGAGGUGGUGAAGAGGAGGCAGAGCAAGACCAGGAAGAAAACUGUUACUGUAGAAGGUUGCAGAGAUCGUCAAAAGAAUUCUCUGGAUAUCCAGACUGCAUCGCAAUCUAUGGAAAGCCCCAUCCAGCAUCCUUUUCUGGUCUCCUCUCCCCACCCCUUUUGGAACUCUAAGGAGAAACUAAAUCAGCUUUCCCUCCCUCAGCUGUUUUCGUACCUCAAGGUCUUAGAGGCUCUCAUACAGCAGAAUUUUAACCAAUUUUUAUGGGGCAUAACCUCUGUGCUCUCUGAGUCGGUUGUGGCUACUGCCUGGGUCUCCAGAAAUUCUUCCUCGGGAGAACGUAAAACUGUGAGGUUUAGAGAUGCAUGUGACCUCAUUCAUGCUUUACCCCUGGAUAAAGAACAUGCACAGGUUUUUCUGGACAAGCCAUUGCCCCACCCAUUUGUCACACCAAGCUUGGUAGGUAUGACAGGGUUCCAGGAACUCAAAAACCUCCCCAGCUCUAUACCAAACCAAACACUUUCUUCGUUCCAGAGUAGGUCCUCUAGACUAUCAUGUGCUACCACUGAGGUAGGGAUACAGACAUCGCUUCCAACUGUAAAUGAGCUCUGGCAACAUAAACUAAAUUGGAAAGACGCUGCAGACUGCAAUAUCCAAAACUGUCAAGUCGCCAUUAGCCAGCCCACUGAGAGCUCACCCAGGUGCACCCUGCCCACCAAAAAUACCAGGUCAGCCUCCAUCCUUCCUGAGCAUUAUCAAAUGGUCCACCAUCACAAGGAGUCACAGCAUGAAGAGAAAGAAAUUAAUGUGGGAGCACAACAAGGAGCUCAUUUCAGAUUCCUCCCAUCUAUGGAACUGACACAGCUUCAGGGAGAUUCCCAACCAAACAGUGAUGGUUAUUGCAAGAACUGGCCUGAACUCAACCAGCCUGCACAGCUCUCCAUCCUCAACUCCAAAAGUUGCAACUAUAGCCAGACGGUGGGGUCCGUGCUCACAGGGGUUCCCAAAAAGGAAGCCUUAGAAAACAGCAAUAUACUUAGCACCAUCAAUGAGAGCCUCGGGGUAGAAUUUCUGCCUUGCCCUUCAAGCAGCACCCCUGGGGAGGGUCUGGAAACUAAGAACCCUGCACUGAGGACAGAUGAGCUGCUUUCUAUAAACACUACCGAGGACCUUUCCUUCCUUGAUCCAAAGACGAAAAUGAAGCUUGAAUUAAACACCAUGCAGCUUCCUAUGAAACGCAGAAGGUUAUCUUGUGUUUCCAGGGCUGAAUACUUUUCCAAGGCUGCCACAAUCCUGGAAAAAAUGCAUCACCGAGAUCCAGGGGGGAUAAGGGUAAAAACUGUAUCAUCUGCCAGGCUGCAAAGUUCUCUGCUUGAACACUCACCUCCCCAGGUUCAGCAGACCAAAAGAGCCCUCCCACCUACUGCCAGCCAUGGGUACUCAAGGUCCGAUCCAGAUCAAUGGCAGAGAUAUCAGAGUGUUCAGCCCCAUGCUCUCUGCUUCCAGCCACAACUCCAGCAGAGCAGGACUAUCCAAGGGACUGGGAGAUAUAUCCUGCCACCAAAUACCAGCCCAGAAAUGUCUAAUGUACCCUGGAAGAAGUCAGAGGCUGUGGCCUCAGGACAACUGACCUGGAGUGCAACAACUGUGGACAUUGAAGACAGCGUUUCACCAUCAUGGGCCAAACAAACCAACACAUUGAUGGUAAAAGAGCCACCUCAUACAUGGAGGGUAAAUCUGGGAUCUGGUGAGAUUACCAAUGGACAAGCCUUAAAUACCAGUCUUGAGGACUUUGAGCCCAUGGAGACCAAAAGAAGCCAAGGCCAUCUCCAAACACCUACCCCACCAAAUUCAGAGGAUGUGGAUUUAAAAACAAAGGAGUAUAGUAACAAUGACUUGAAAGCAAACAAGCAGCCACAAGCCUGGUCUGUGAGCCCUCAUCCAAAUGAACCUAAUACAGUACACCCUGCCAUGGUAAGCUUGCCCUCACAGAACUCACUGCCCAGUCUCCAGAAUGGAUGGCAAGACCCCGAGAAUUCUCAGGGCUUAGGUGAUCUCCUCAUGAGUAGUAAUCAGAGUGUGGAGACUCAGGAGUUCAGAGUCCACAAGGAUAAAACUGAAGCAAAGAAUGACAAUGUAUUUCAUCCCUCUGAAGAGAGGUCCAGUAUUUUGAACCCUGGAGACAUAAGCCAGGAAGAAAGGCUUGGGAGAAUAAGUCCUUCUAUCCCAAGUUUCACCCAGCUCAACAAUACAGUCAAGACUGAGAGUCAGUCUUCCUCUAAUAUAGAAAGAAAAAUCAAGGUUUCUUCUCAAAGCUCCUCCAAGAUCAUCUCAAGGUAUUCUUCACAACAUGAAAACCUCAGCACAGAAUUUGAGGGGCAGGGGCAUUCUUUGAAUAAUGAAAUCCCCACACCAAGUACUAAGCAGACACAAGUAGUGGGUAGAGAAAAUCUCAUCUACAGUACAGCAGUUAAGCUACAAUCCCUCAUAAAUGUUCUGGUCCAGAACUUGAUGAAUAAUUUAGAUGACCAAUCAAAACUGACCAGAGAACCUGUGACCCAGGUACAAGAGUAUAAAAUGGAAUCAUUGACAUUCCAGCUGCGUGGCUCUCCCUGCUCUUCCAAAGGUUCCUAUGACCCAAAACAUAGCAAACCAGCAGGAAGAAUGAGCGGUAGCCAUGUCUGCCCUAAGGAGCACAGCCACUCUUUCACAUUCAGAAGAACUGAAUACAAACCACAGUCAGGGGUUGAUGCCCAGAAAGUCUGUCACCAACGUCUGAACAAAUUAAAAAGAGAAACGGGCUUUGACCAGCACCGUACUCCCUUGAGAAAUGACAAUCUAUAUUGUUGCAGAGGACCUGGGAACAAGCUUUCUGACCAGAAAGCCGGUGACCCAGGUCAAAUGGCAACAAAAAUUGGAAUUGGAGGCUCUCCACACAGAAGCAUGGUGGGGCACAACCAUUCAGCUAGAUACACAGAAAUUAGAGAAAAACAGGAACCAGGUAUUAGCCAUAAAGCCCUUGACCCAUGUGAAAAUACAAAGAAAAGUAUGAGCCAUGGUCAACUUAUGAGGUCCAAAGAGAACCACCCAGUCAAGGACAGGAAGACUGGAGGCCAGGAGCAGUCAAUUGUUGCUGCCCAGCGAAACCCUGGCCCAGAUGAAAUUAGAACAGAGAGUGGAAGAGAAUGCUCUCCACAUAGAAAGCCUAAAAUAUAUAACCAUUCACCUAGACAUAGAGAAAUUAUGGACAAACCACAACCCGGUGUAAAUGCCCAGAGAGCCUAUGACCAACAGAGAAGAAUGGCAUUUGACAACCUCCUCAAUCCAAAUCAGAAUGACCAACCAUGUCAGCACAGAGUACAGUCAAGUCUUUCUGACCUGAAAGCCUGUGACUCAGAUCAAAGUACAAGGAGUGGAAUGGACUCCUGUCCACAUAAAAGCACCAACUGGCACAACCUUUCAUUCCAAUACGGAGGAGCUGGAGAAAAAGUGCUGCUGCAUGUAAAUACCCAGAGAACCCAAGACAGACAUCCGGAUAGUGUGAAGAGAAGAGACUCUGACAACCUUCCCACACCCGAGAGGAACGACAGUCCAGACGGUUGCAGAGUAAUUGGAGAAAGGCAGCAGUUAGGUCUUGCUGACUCUAUAACCUGUGAGCCAGGUCAAAUGAAAAUGAAGAGUAGAAAGGGGAGCUGUCCACAUAGAUGUCCUGAGGGGUGCAAACUUUUACUCAGAUAUGAAAUAACUGGUAACAAACACCAGCCAGGCUUAGUCCUUAAGGUGUGUGAUCCAUAUCAAAGUUCAAAAGAAGAAAUAGACCAUGGUCAACCUGUGAGCUCCAAAGUGAACCAUUCAGCCGAGCACAGGAGAAAUGGAGGCCAGGACCAGUCAGAUAUUGCUGCCCAGGAAGCCUCUGACCUGAGGUAGACCUUACCAGCAAAGGUCAAAGAGCAGGUACCUCAGGCCAUCUUUGCCUCCCCAUACCAGGAAGCCUUCCAGAAGAUGUUCCAUCUGUUCAGUCAUUGUUUUCCCCUAUGGUUUCUUGGUAAUAAAUGUUGGUUUUUUUUC